GCAAAGCCCUCUAAACCGCAGCCUAGCCAGGAGCCUGAGGUAGCAUCUUAUGAACACUCAACUACUUUUCUAAGCCAAAGGAUUAAAUAAAAAACAAAACAGAAAAUAGAAAAAAGAAGGCAAGAUAUGGAGAUUGGUGAUACAAAAGAGAAUAUUGUAAUCGUGGGUGGUGGGAUAUGCGGCCUUGCCACUGCCCUUGCUCUUCACAGAAAGGGCAUUAGAAGCGUGGUCCUGGAAAGAUCAAACGCAUUGCGAGCUACAGGGGCAGCUAUCAUCGUGCAUCCAAACGGCUGGCGUGCACUUGAUCAACUUGGUGUUGCCUCUCACCUUAGAGAAACUGCUAUUCCUAUACUCUCGGGAAAAUUCCACUCACUCAAUAAUGACGAGCUUAAAGAAAUACCUGUUGGGAAAGAAGAAUUGAGAUGUUUGAAAAGGACUGAUCUCAUUGAUAUUUUGGCAAAUAGUUUGCCACGUAACACUCUUCAUUUUGGGUGCGAAGUGCUUUCUAUUAAGCUGGAUCCCAUAACUUCUUCUCCUGUUCUUCAACUUCAAGGUGGAAGACUUUUGAACGCCAAGGUUGUGAUUGGAUGCGACGGAGUGAACUCUGCCAUAUCAAAUAUGCUGGGGGUGAAGGCUGAGAAAAUUUUCACCAUCAGUGUGAUAAGAGGCUUCACGAGUUAUCCAAAUGGGCAUGAACUCGGCUCUCAGUUCAGAUUAACCAAAAAAGAUGAUACUCAGGUGGGACAGCUGCCAAUGUCCGAAAACCUAGUUUAUUGGUUCAUCACUCGAAAAUGUACUUGUCAAGAUUCAAUGGCCUCCAAGAGCCAGAAACUGGUCCGGAACUUGGCACUGGACUCUGUGGAGAGCUUCCCUACAAGCAUCACAGAGAUGGCAAAGAAUUGCGAGCUGGAUUCUUUGCAUCUCACAGAGUACUUGAGAUACCAUGCACCAUGGGACACAUUACGAAGACGGUUUCGCGAAGGGACGGUGGCCCUAGCAGGAGAUGCCAUGCAUGCAAUGGGUCCAUUUCUUGCACAAGGAGGUUCAGCUUGUCUGGAAGAUGCAGUUGUUCUUGCCCGGUGCUUGGCUCGAACAAUUCACAUCGAUCGAAACGGAAGAGGAACUAAAAUGCAGGUGGAGGAAGCAUUUGAUGAAUACCUGAAAGAACGUAAGAUGCGAAUUCUGAGAUUGUCUCUGCAGAUGUACCUGAUUGGGAAAAUGCUUGAUGCUUCAUCACAGUUUGUUAAAUUCAUAUGCAUUAUCCUCCUGGCCGUCCUUUUCAGUGACUCACAUGGCCACACCCGCUAUGACUGUGGUAGCCUCUAAGAUAUGCAUGCAUAUAUGGCUCUGCUUUAAGUUUAAUUAUUUGUGAAUCAAUUAAUAUAAAGAUGCUACUUUCCUAU